AUGAUCGAUACACUUGUGAACAAUGAUGUUGACAAAGAUGUAUUAAUUCGUGUGACAAAUAAACUACGAAGAGUUGUCGAAGAUUAUUUUUCACAAUGUCAAUUUGAAUCAGCUGUCUAUUGGGGUGAUAAACUUCUUUCAUUAAGUAGAAACAAUGUAGAUGAUUUAUUAUUAGUUGCCAAAUGUUUGAUGUCAAAAGGUGAUCAUCAUCGUACAAAAAUUUUAUUAGAAAAUUCUCCAAUGUUUGAUACAAAUUUACAAUUUAAAUAUCUUGUUGCUAUGUGUAAUUAUAAAAUUAAAGAUUAUCAAGCUGCAGCCAGUGUAUUAGAUCAAUUAGGCGAACAAUUUGAUAGUGACGAUAAACGUCAACCACAACAACAACAACAACAACAGCAAACAAAAACGCCAAUGAUAACAAAAUCAACUAUAAUAACAAAUGAAAUAGGCGAUAGCCUUAAAGCAUCAAUCUAUUUGUUACGUGGUAAAGUAGCCGAAGCAUUUGGUUCAAUACCACAAGCAAUGAAAUUUUAUGAAAAAGCGUUAAAAGCAGAUGUAUUCUGUUCAGAAGCCUAUGAUAAAUUAAUAAGAAAACACAUGUUAACACCAGAAGAAGAACAACGUUUACUUGAACGUUUACCAAUUGAAAAACAAUGUGAUCCGGAUACGGCUUCUCUCGUAGCCUGUUUAUAUGAACAACAAGUGCAUCAGUACAUGAAACCAAUCAUUGUUAAUUUACCACAAUUUUCUGUUAGUUUAUUAAAUGAUAAUCCCGAUUAUUGCACACAAAUAGCUGAAAAACAAUAUUAUAAUUAUAAAUUUCGUGAUGCACUUGAUUUAUGUAAGAAAGUAUUAAAUCAUGAUCCUUAUCAUCAGGAUAGUUUAUUUAUCUAUAUUUCAUUAUUGUACGAAAUGAAAGAUAAAACAGAAUUAUUUAGUCUUGGUCAUCGUUUAGCCCGACAAUGUCCAGAAAAUCCAAUUAGUUGGUUAGCAGUUGGUUGUUAUUAUUUGGUUACUAAAAAGCCGGAACCCACGAGACGUUAUUUAGCAAAAGCAACAACAUUACGUCGAAGUUUUGGUCCGGCAUGGUUAGCUCUGGGUCAUUCUUAUGGUUUAGAAUCAGAGCAUGAUCAUGCCAUAUCAGCCUAUUUUACAGCUGCUGAUGUUAUGCGUGGAUGUCAUUUACCGAUAUUGUAUGUUGGAUUAGAGUAUAGUUUAACAAAUAAUUUACGUCUAGCCGAACGUUUAUAUAAUGAAUCGUUAAAAUUUUAUCCAGAAGAUCCGGCUGUAUUACAUGAAUUAGGUGUAAUUAAUUAUCUUGCUAGAGAAUAUGCUCAAGCGUUGACAUUCUUUGAACGCGCAUUAGCCAAAGUUGAAGCUAUUGAUCAAGUUGAUUUAUUACCAUUCUGGGAGCCAUUAUUUAAUAACAUGGGUCAUGUAUGUCGAAAAUUGAAAAAAUAUGAUGAGUCAAUAUCGUAUUUUAAAAAGUGUCUUGGUUUAACGCCACGAAAUCCACAUACAUUGAUAGCAAUCGGGUUUGUUCAUGCGUUGCAAGGAAACUAUGGUGAAGCGAUACAAUAUUUACAUCAAGGAUUAUGGCUAAGUCCAGCGAGUUCAUUUGCACAAACGUUAUUGAACAAAUGUUUCAUGAUGACACAAAGCAAAACUUAUGUUGAACACUUUCCUGAUCCACCAAGUGAUUUGAAUGAAUAUUAUGGAAAAGAAUCAUCUGGUGUAGAUAAAGAACGUCCACGUGCAAUGGUUACUUCGUGA